GUUUCCACCUUCUCCAAGCAGUUAUCAGCACAACAGUGAUUCCUUCAUGUAUCCCAGGAGAAUCUGAAGAUAACUGUACAGCUUUAGUUCAGAUGGAAGACAAUCCCCGCGUGGCUCAAGUGUCAAUUACAAAGUGUAGCUCGGACAUGAAUGGCUACUGCUUGCAUGGACAGUGCAUCUACCUGGUGGACAUGAGUGAAAAUUACUGCAGAUGUGACGUGGGCUACACCGGCAUGCGAUGUGAACACUUCUUUCUGACGGUCCAUCAGCCCUUGAGCACAGAAUAUGUUGCCCUGACGGUGAUCCUCAUUCUCCUCGUUCUUGUCAUCACUGCUGGGUCCAUAUACUAUUUCUGCAGAUGGUACAAAAAUCGAAAAAGUAAAAAAUCAAAGAAGGAAUAUGAGAGAGUGACGUCAGGGGACGCUGCAUUGCCACAAGUCUGAACAGUACCACCGAACUAUGAACAGAAAUGCAUAGCAUGCCUGACUAAUGUUAAUAUUUUGUUGUAUUAAUAGUAUUUAUGUUGGGUCAUGUGUUAGCUCAAUAACUGUAUAUUUUUAAUACACUU